AUGAAUUUCAGCACCCAGCAACGCCCUAUCGUCGAAGGAUGGGUCCAGGUGAAGGUUCUGACGGCCUUUGCGCACUGGACUGUGGGAAUGUGCUCCAACCCUGCCCGCCCGGAGCAACAUGCGCGUGCCACCAUCUUCAAGGCAACAGUGAUCAAAGCAUCGCGGGUCUUGAGGGACCUCACAGAAAGGUGCGGUUGGCAAGGACUUUUUGCCUUCAACCAGAUCAGUGAACUGGACUUGACUUUCCAAGGGAACUCCAUAGCCGAAGGCGACACGCUGGUGCUAUGCAUCCGUUUGGUGUCUGAGCUCCUUGGCGGCAAACUGAAGCUUCCAACAUGCCAGAAUGCCUUAACGCUCCUGGCGCAGCAGGAGCAGGGCUUGAUGAACGACAUCCAAUCACGUCUCACGGAGGUUGGAGGAUACAGACAGCAUCGGAGCCAAGCUUUCAAUCAACAUGUUCUUCCGUUAUGCCGACCGCUGGUCGAAGCCAUCGGUCACCGCAUGGCUUACGAAGCCGCCCAGCAGGCAGGGAUUUCUUCGGACGUACUGGAACUGUAUGAACGUCUAUCUGCGAGCAAGCCUUUGAUCUAUUUGUCAGCCCAAAGCAUGGGCAAAGCGAGAUGUGGAGACCCCCUGCUAGACGAGCAAUACGAAUCAACCCUAGCUCAAAUUAGGUCAGAGUCACUUCAUCGUGAUCCAGUCGACGAUUAUAUAACGGCGCCGAUUGUGUCCGAAGAAAAGUGGAAUGACUUUACCAAUGGCUUAUUUUGCUUCGUCCAGCCCAGCGGUGGCAAAUACAACUCAAAACUCUAA